GGCAGAUUCAAGAUUCAGCCAUGUAGGCUAUUCUCGUUAUUGGUUCUAUGUCAUCUAUCCCUGGUUGAGUUCUGCGGGCAUGGGCACAAUAACGUCCCCCAGUGCUGCCCGUUCACGUCGUGUCGCGUCUCUAGGUGGCUACGGUGGGCCUAGUGAUGUCACCACAGCUCUCAAAAUCAUCGGAGAUCAUGUAGGAGGACUUGCCAUGAAAGUGGCUAUGAGGCUGUUAGGAGAGGACUGGAUCACAUCUCUCAUGAGAUCUCGCGUUAUGAGAGCAGCUACAUGGCUGAUCGCAGAGGGCCAGCGGAUCGGAUGUCAGAUGAUAUCUCCCCUUUUGAGAGCAGCUACAUGGCUGUACGAAGUGGACCAGCGGAUCUCAUCUUCCAUAGGAUCUCAUUUUAUGAGAGCAGCUACACGGCUGUUCGGAGAGGAGCGGAUCGCAUCUCUCAUGAGAUCUUAUGCAUCUGUCAAUCUCCAGUGUUAUAUCGUCCGGAGCCUGGGUCGGAAUUUUAAUCCGUGGUUACAGUGCGACGCUGCUGGAGGGAGGGAGGGAGAUCACAGCUUUCGUUGGAGGUCAUAGUGGAAUGUUGCUAGGGGGGAUACAUUGUCUGGGUUGGAAUUUUUUGUUUC